AUGCGUCUCGCCGGACUGCUCGCCCUAGCAGCUCUGCUGAGCUUGACGCUGCUGAGCAGCUCGAGCAAAGCCAUGCCGACGGAUUACAUGUCCAACUCGCUAGCGCUGUACGAUACGAGCGCGCAUCUGGACAAGCGACUAGCGCCGGCCAUCGUUCAAGGGAUUGCUCGAUUCGCGCGCUUGCUUGAAAAAGUCAUCGGCAAUCUUGUGGAGAAGGCGAAGCAGGACAAGGCGAUGCGUAUCAGGUUUACACAGGAUACGGUCAACGACAUGUCCAAAGAGUACCCGGAUACGAACAUCCUGAUCGUUCAUCCCAAGCACGAUUUCCACCCAGGAGGCACAAAAGGCGUGGAUUGGUUUCACGAGCACAAAGAGGUGGACAUUCAAGUGGGCGGCACGAUAGGUUACGAAGUGUACGGAUUUCAAGAUGGUUGGAUCAAGCGGUACGGCGAUGGAGGUUACAUCAACUGGGCCUGGAACGGUGUGCUGGCCAAGGAUCCGGAAGAGGAUAAGAGCAAAAUCACUUUUUCCAGGAGAAAGAAUUAG